CACUCCCUCCCUCUCUCUGAACUUUCUCUCUCAUGACAGGGUGUUCUUUACUGGCUCUCCCUCCCUUUCUCUCUCUAAAAAUAACAACUGGGCAUUGAGGGGGGAGAGAGAGAGAGAGAUAGAGAGAGAACAAAAGGCAGAGAAUAAAAUCUCUCUUUAGACUCUCCUGACGUUUUGAGGAGAGAGAGAGGACAGAGGGAAUAGUAAUAAGAAUACCCACAAAUAUAGUAAAGCCAUUGUUUUUGCUUUUCCUUCUCUUUGUUCUUCACGCAGAGAUGAGCCUCUUCGGCCUUGGGAACAGAAAUCAGAAGACCUUCAGGCCCAAGAAGAACGCGCCCUCAGGGAAUAAGGGAGCGCAACUAAAGAAACACAUUGAUGCUACAUUGGGCAGUGGCAAUUUGAAGGAGGCUGUUCGUCUACCCCCUGGAGAGGAUCUGAAUGAAUGGCUCGCCGUAAACACUGUUGACUUCUUCAAUCAAGUGAACCUUUUAUAUGGUACUCUUGCUGAAUUUUGCACGCCAACUACUUGCCCAACAAUGUCUGCAGGGCCGAAGUUUGAGUAUAGAUGGGCUGAUGGUGUACAAAUUAAGAAACCUAUAGAAGUGUCCGCACCAAAAUAUGUCGAGUAUUUGAUGGAUUGGAUUGAAGUCCAACUUGACGAUGAGACAAUAUUCCCUCAGAAGCUUGGUGCACCAUUUCCAAACAAUUUCAGAGAAGUAGUUAAAACAAUCUUUAAACGUCUUUUUCGGGUAUAUGCUCACAUCUACCACUCACAUUUCCAAAAGAUUGUUAGCCUGAAGGAAGAAGCUCAUCUAAAUACUUGCUUCAAGCAUUUCACUUUGUUCACAUGGGAAUUCAAACUAAUUGAGAAAGGGGAGCUCGCACCGCUGAAUGAUCUUAUCGAGUCUAUCAUCCUUGCUUAUUGAAAAUUAUACCCCCUGACAAAGGAAGCAGAAUUAUGAAUUAAUGCAUUAAUGGAUACCAACUGGGAUUUUCUUAGAACAGGGCUUUCGUCCACUUGUUUUUCCAGUUUGAUUUAACAUUUUUUAUUCUUCAGGUUGUUGAUUCUCAUUUUUGUUGUGAACUAGUAAUUAGAAAAGGAUUGUUGUUAUGUUCACUUCUCCUGUUGUGCUUGUUGUUGUAAUGAACAGUAACUGGUGAAGAUGUAUACCUGAAUUUUCUAUUUUGAUCCUCA